AUGUCGUAUGAAAUAGUGAUCAGGCGAGCGCGAGCAGAGGAUGCUGUUCAACGUGCAGAGCUCAUUAAGCUCGGACUACUUUCGCACCAGUGGAACGCCUUCAUUUACUUCUUGUUUCAAGAGCUGACUCUGGAGGGGGCGGUGCUGGCGGGCGCGGUGCUGUUCAUUUUCUGCGGCGCGUCGCCCGCCGCCUGCGCCGCGCUGCUGCCGGCCGCCGCCGCGCUCGUCGUGCUCGCCGUCUCGCUCGCACACCACGCGCUCGCCUCCUCGCACACGCAGAAAAUUCACAAAGAGCUAUUUGGUUUGGUGGCUGAAGCAAGAGGGCCUCUCAUAAUGGAUGCGCCACCUGGACGAGUUCCCAUACAUACAUCCCUUCAAGUUUGCUCACAGUCUUCCCAGCCUGUGCAUUCAAAGUUGGUGGGGACAGUGAGCGUGUCAGAAUUCUGUGGCCCGCGUAGCAGCGGCUGGCUCCACGCGCUCGCUGUACAUCCAAACUGGCACCGUCGUGGAGUGGGGCGUAGUCUGGUAUCUACAGCGCGGCAGCUGGCCGUUGACUCUGGGCUGGAGUCGCUGGAGGCCGUCAGCAGCCACCUGCAGCUUGCCGCGCGCACUCUGCUGCACUCGCUCGGGUGGGAAAUUCGCGGCACCUACGACCGUCAAUUGAUUGGCACCGCUCUCAUACUACCGCUCGUCAGGCUUGGACUAGACCUGCCUUACGCCUAA